GACCAAUCAGCAUCCAGAUUGUCACCAGCGUCCUUGAGCAACAUUGGUCAUUAUUCCUACAGUUAAUUUUCAUUGCUGGUGCUGAAAAAAAAAAUGACUACCUGUUCCGAUCAAUUACAGCUUCUACUUGAGCAACAACAGCAGUGUUUCAAAAAUAGCCAGUUGAAGUUUUUAGAAAAUUUACGCACACUGUUGGUAAAUUUUCCAUGUUUCGGAAAUGCGACAGAAGUUGGUAAUUUCAUUUCUCAUCUGCAGACUGAUCUGGAAAACAACUGCAGAACAUAUGAAGCUGCCUAUAAAAGCCUCUGUGAAUCCCGGACGACCAGUGAUGUAAACGAGACAAUCAUUCAUGAUCCGCCCAGUUGUUCAGAAAUGUCAAAUUCAGAAACAUUCCCUGUUGUGAGUUCAAAUCCCACUGUGCCUGAAACAUGUGAGGUAUCCAGCUUACAAGAAGAACCUCUCGUGUCAGAAAAUGUUUCCCGUGCAUCAAAUAAUGGUCAGAAAUCUAAUACGAAUUUCAAAGAUGCUGUUUGUUUUAGUGACCUAUUAUCCAGUGAUAGAAUUUUGAAGAGGUCUGAAGAAUAUGUUGCACAAGAAUCAAACCUUAAUGACCUCAUGUCUGGUGUCGCUCAUCCUCAUCAUCUAGUCAGUCUUAGUGAACCCUCUACUCAAUGCGCGAAAUAUGCUUUAAUUCGAAUCAGACUAACUGUUACUUGGGUAUAUGAGGACCCAACGUUAUUUCGUGGGGGAGGAUGAACCCAGAAAAUUUCAAAAUCCGGAUAUCAACUCCGGAUCUUCAAAAAAAAGGGGAGGUGUUGUGGAUGCGCAGGAAUAGACCAAUAAUUAUCAUGUUAAGUUCAAUGGUGUCCUUGGACUUUAAAUGGACAUUU